CUCUCUCCAUAUAUUCUGUAUCUUUAAUAUGGGUUUGUCAUUCUUUUCAUCAUUUACAGCGUCAAAUUGAUGAUACUAGGGAAGAAGAAACUGAAAUAAAAAGUCAUCCUUGUCAAUACCCAGUUUUUGUUUUUUGUUUUUUAUAGAUAAUUUCGGGGGUGACUUAACUUUCUUCCCCUUUGAUUAGAAGACACUUCUGAAAGAAGGAAGAUGUCUGGGUACGUGGGUGUUCUGGUUUCUGAUCAAUGGCUUCAAGGCCAGUUCACCCAGGUUGAACUUCGUAGCCUCAAAUCUAAGUUUUCGUGGAUGAAGGCUAAAAAUGGUAUAGUUACAAGGGGAGAUCUGUCAAGUCUGGUUAUGAGACUGAAAAGUAUGAGUGAAACCUUCAACGAAGAAGAGAUACAGAUGAUAUUGAAUGAAUCUGAUUCCAAAAUGGAUGCUGAAGUUGAGUUUGAAGGAUUUCUUAGAACAUACUUGACUUUGCAAUCUCGAGCGGUAGAAAAAUCGGGUGGAGUGAAGCAUGCCUCGUCUUUCCUCAAGGCUUCCACAACCACUCUUCUUCACACUAUAAGUGAAUCGGAGAAAGCAUCUUAUGUUGCACAUGUAAAUAGUUAUCUUAGGGAUGAUCCAUUUUUGAAGCAGUUUCUUCCCAUUGAUUCAGCUACAAAUGCUUUAUUUGAACUUGCAAAAGAUGGAGUUCUCCUAUGUAAGCUUAUCAAUGUUGCUGUGGCAAACACUAUAGAUGAACGAGCAAUUAAUACGAAAAGGGUACUAAAUCCUUGGGAAAGGAAUGAGAAUCACACCCUAUGCCUUAACUCUGCCAAAGCCAUUGGCUGCACUGUAGUCAACAUUGGCACUCAGGACUUAGUUGAAGGAAGACCUCAUCUGGUUAUGGGUUUGAUAAGUCAAAUAAUAAAGAUCCAACUUUUGGCAGAUCUCAAUCUCAGGAAGACACCACAGCUUGUGGAAUUGGUGGAAGAUAGCAAUGAUGUGGAGGAACUUAUGGGGUUAGGCCCGGAGAAGCUCUUGUUGAAAUGGAUGAAUUUCAAUCUCAAGAAAGCAGGCUAUGAGAAAACUGUUACAAAUUUCUCUUCAGACUUGAAGGAUGGUGAAGCUUAUGCAUAUCUACUAAACGCUCUUGCACCAGAACACUGCAAUCCAGCUACUUUGGAUGUUAAAGAUCCAACUGAAAGGGCUAAUAUGGUAAUUGAGCAUGCAGAGAAAAUGGACUGUAAGAAAUACCUAACAUCAAAGGACAUUGUUGAAGGAUCAUCAAAUUUGAAUCUUGCCUUUGUUGCACAAAUAUUCCACCACAGGAAUGGUCUGUCUACAGACAACAAGAAGAUUUCUUUUGCAGAGAGAAUGACCGAUGAUGAACAAAUGUCCAGAGAAGAGAGAUGCUUUCGCCUUUGGAUAAAUAGUCUUUCCAUUGCCAGUUUUGUCAAUAAUUUGUUUGAGGAUGUGAGAAAUGGGUGGGUACUCUUGGAAGUGUUAGACAAGAUUUUCCCAGGAACAGUCAAUUGGAAGCAAGCUACUAAACCUCCAAUUGAAAUGCUAUUUAGAAAAGUGGAGAACUGCAACCAGGCUGUUCAGAUUGGAAAGAAGUUGAAGUUCUCCCUUGUGAAUGUAGCUGGAAAUGACAUUGUUCAUGGAAAUCAGAAGCUUAUACUUGCUUUCUUAUGGCAGUUGAUGAGGUUCAACAUGCUUCAACUUUUGAAAAAAUUGAGAUCCCGUUCUCAAGGCAAGGAAUUCACAGACGCUGAUAUUCUGAACUGGGCAAAUAGGAAAGUCAAAAGCACGGGAAGAAAAUCCAUGAUUGAAAGCUUUAAGGAUAAGAGCCUGUCAAAUGGGCUAUUCUUCUUGGAACUUCUGACUGCCGUUGAACCAAGGGUAGUUAAUUGGAACCUCGUAACAAAGGGUGAAAGUGAUGAGGAGAAGAAGUUGAACUCUACAUACAUAAUCAGUGUUGCAAGAAAGAUCGGUUGUUCAAUUUUUCUUCUGCCAGAGGAUAUCAUUGAGGUUAAUCAAAAGAUGAUUCUAACCCUUACAGCAAGCAUCAUGUACUGGAGUCUUAUGCAAAAUCAACCCAUUGAGGAAUCGGAAUCAUCAUCGCCAUCUCCUGCCUUCACUCCUGAGCCAUCCCCGCCUCCACCUUCACUAAAUGGUGAAGACAAUACAGCAGCUUCUGACUCAGGGUCCACUACAAUUGAUGAUGACGAUGAUGAAGUCGGUUCAGGAAUCGCCUCCAUUACACUUGAUGAUGAUGAAGUUGGUUCAGGAAUCGCCUCCAUUACACUUGAUGAUGAAGUUGGUUCAGGAAUCGCCUCCAUUACACUUGAUGGUGAUGAAGUUGGUUCAGGAACCGUCUCCAUUACACUUGAUGAUGAUGAAGUUGGUUCAGGAAUCGUCAAUGUUGAGAAUGAGGUUGUCCCUGUUGAUGUUGAUGAAGUUGGUUCAGGAAUCGUCAAUGUUGAGAAUGAGGUUGUAUCUGUUGAUGUUGAUGAAGUUGGUUCAGGAAUCGUCAAUGUUGAGAAUGAGGUUGUAUCUGUUGAUGUUGAUGAAGUUGGUUCAGGAAUCGUCAAUGUUGAGAAUGAGGUUGUAUCUGUUGAUGAUGAAGUUUCUGCCCAAGUUGUUGAGAAUGAAGAUUCUCUUGUCAAGGAGUGAACAGAAUGCUGGUUGCAGUUAUCUUUUCUUUCUUUUUUUUACUGAAAUUGGUUUAGAAGAGUAGAAAUAUUAAGAAAAUUUUACACUUUGAGUAGGAUCAUGUUAUCAUGCAUGAAUCAACAUAUACUUAAAAUACUACUGCCAUUUGCAGUAAUGUUUGUGAGGAAAGUUAAAGGAAAUAUAGAGAGGCCCCUUUUGUAUAGGUGGGAAAUGUUUGGUCUCUCUUCAAAUUACAUUAGUAGUAAACAUACAUAUUCUUUGAGUCCCA